AUGGUGAACACAAGUUUCGAAACACUUCCUAGACAUAUGCAAAUGGAGAUUCUGUCACGGGUGCCUCUGAAAUUUUUAAUGAAAUUCAUGUGCGUCUCAAAGAAAUGGGCAUCUAUCAUUCGUGGGGAAGAAUUCAGAGAAGAUUACUUGUUCCAAUCAAUGAAAAGGCCUCGAGUGUUGUUCGUCAUCGAUCAUAGAGAAUACCUCCCUAUCAAACCCGAAGCGUUCUUUCACUCUGUUUAUCAAGAAGAUCAACCAUUGUUGUUGUCUGGUAAACAGCGUAUGCGUACAUUCGAAACACCACUUGUUCAAGUUUUUCAACCCAUCCGUGGUUUGAUCUGUCAACAAGGAUAUGGUAAGAUUGUGAUUUGCAAUCCGGGUUUAAAAAAGUUUCGGAGUUUACCGCAGAUCAAAGUUCAUAAAGGAGCACCCAUGAGAACUUUUUUUGGAUACGAUGAAGAUAAGGAUGUAUUCAAGGUGUUAUGUAUAACAUGGCUCCGAAAUGGUAAGCGAUCAGAAGUAAGUAAGGAAUAUCUUGUAUACACGAUGGGAUCGGAUGAAGAAUCUUCUUCUUGGAGGCUGAUCACAUGUGAGCAUGACCAUGCACCAGUUACCGAAGGACUUUUUAAAGGAGGAGUGUUGUACUAUGGAGCUAAAUCCAAUAAUGGCAAAUCAGUGGUAAUGAGCUUCAACGUGAAUUCUGAAGAUUUUAGUGUCAUUGAGUUGGAAGUCGAAAUUAGUCCUUAUUGGAGAUUGGUGAAUUACAAGGGGGAUAUUGCCCUAAUGAACAACAUUGAGGAUAGCUUGUAUCACAGUCGAGAAUUUGAAAUGUGGGUUAGGAACGAGGUUACUGGAAAUUGGGACAGAACUAGCAUUAAGAUUUCUCAUUGGAAUGGAACUGUUGAUGGUAAGACGUUUUAUUUCAAAGGUACUAUUGGAACAAAAGAACUUGCUUUCGCACCAGACUAUUGGUUUGGGGAACAACAUUUUGUGUCGUAUUACGAUACAGAAACAAAGAACCUCAGAAGAUUUGAUAUUGAAGGAAUGGUUGAUCAAGAUGAUUUUGUUCGAACCUUCUUUGAUCAUGUUGAUAGUACUUGGCUUAUAUGA